GUUAUUGCAGCUAGCUCUUUUAGCCUCAGCGACGCCGCUCUGUUCUGCCGCAGCGGGGACUUUCGAUCUUUUUCGCUCCCGCAGCUCUCAGGAACUGUUUUUAAUGUCGGGAAGUUAACAUACCUGGUUUAUAAUGACAGAAGUGAUCUGAAGGCGUCGACAUUUUUCGGUGUAAUCGUUGAUUUUUUACGCUGUUUGGCGGGACUGGGUUAGGCGUAACAAUACGCGGAGCUGAAGCCAGGGGCUGAAACGCAGAUCGGUUCGGUUUUUUUUUUACCACAGCUGCCGUCAUGGAGGAUAAGAAUUUUACUAAAGAUCUAGACCAGUGGAUCGAACAACUCAACGAGUGCAAGCAGCUGACAGAGAACCAAGUGAGGACGCUCUGUGAGAAGGCAAAGGAGAUUCUGACCAAGGAGUCCAACGUUCAGGAGGUCCGAUGCCCGGUGACGGUGUGCGGCGACGUCCACGGUCAGUUCCACGACCUCAUGGAGCUGUUCAAGAUCGGAGGAAAGUCCCCCGACACAAACUACCUGUUCAUGGGAGACUACGUGGACAGAGGCUACUACUCCGUGGAGACGGUCACUCUGCUGGUCACGUUAAAGGUCCGCUUCCCGGAGCGCAUCACCAUCCUGCGGGGGAACCACGAGUCCCGGCAGAUCACGCAGGUCUACGGCUUCUACGACGAGUGCCUGAGGAAAUACGGCAACGCCAACGUGUGGAAGUACUUCACAGACCUGUUCGACUACCUGCCGCUCACCGCGCUGGUCGACGGACAGAUCUUCUGUCUCCACGGAGGCCUGUCUCCGUCCAUAGACACCCUGGAUCACAUACGCGCCCUGGACCGCUUGCAAGAAGUCCCACAUGAGGGCCCCAUGUGCGACCUGCUGUGGUCCGACCCAGACGACCGCGGCGGGUGGGGCAUCUCCCCCCGAGGCGCCGGCUACACCUUCGGACAGGACAUCUCUGAAACCUUCAACCACGCCAACGGCCUCACGCUGGUGUCCCGCGCCCAUCAGCUGGUCAUGGAGGGCUACAACUGGGGCCACGACAAGAACGUGGUGACCAUCUUUAGUGCUCCCAACUACUGCUAUCGCUGUGGAAACCAGGCAGCCAUCAUGGAACUGGACGACACUCUGAAAUACUCUUUCCUCCAGUUUGACCCCGCCCCUCGCCGCGGCGAGCCUCACGUGACCAGACGCACCCCUGACUACUUCCUGUGAAUGUCCCGCCCUCUUCCUGUCCAUCAUCCACGAACGAAGCCCCCCCACACACACCUUUCUCACCUCCCCCUCCUCAUUUUGGAUGGAAAGAAGAUAUUAAUAUUUCUGAUGAUGAUGAUGAUGUUUCUGUACCAAGGAGAAAAACGAUUGGCUGAUAAAUUCAACAUUAAGCAAACGGAAGCGACCUCCUCUCUGCAGCCGUGUUGUCGAUAUGCUGUCAUUAAUGCUGUGCUUCUGGGAGAAAAACAACGUAAACUAUGCUCUCUUUCAGUUCUUUUCUUUCCGUUUCUUACAUGUCUGAGAAAAACGAGAUAAUAAAACGACCGACGUGGACCAAAUGUGCCAUAUUCAGAUCCUUUUACAACAUGUUCAACUCGCAGGUUUCUCAUCUUUCAUUUCCUUCUUUUUUACACCUCUCUAUAACCCGACCUGACGUCACCACACAUCUGAUGGCAAAUGUGCUUUUUUUUUUUUUUUUUCUGUUGCAACAUCAUUUUAAGAUUAAAAAGAUAUAGGAACAAAAAAAAGUUUGCUUCAAGUAGUCCAGCUGUCAGUUUUAGCUGUCCAGGCUGCAGCCGGCGGUCAUCUCAGCAACUAUAUUACUGUAAGACAACAGACGUCUGAAAUAAAAUGUCUUAUUGACAAACUA